AUGGCCUCGGCGCCAGCCAGCGUGAGGGUCUCUGGGCCCCCGAAUAGCAGUUUUCUCAUCGGCUACCCUGGCAUCUCGGCAACGUUGCCUCGGAUAGAAGGCAAAGUCGAGAUUCGACCCGGACAAGGCUACUCUAUGCCCGUCCCCGUAUCGUUGGUUCGAAUAUGUUUGCAACGACGGGAAACGAUCCACCCCGAUGCUGAUAGUUUGACGAAACGUCAUCUCGGCACCCCGCGGAAGGAUACGACGGACGUCGUCGGCAAGGAAGUCCUGCUAUUUCGCUGCGCAACCGGGAAGGAGGCCGAAAGCGUCAUUGCCAUGGACCUACCGUUUGUGCUGUUCAUUCCUUUUGGACGCGGCGGAGAAGAAACAAACCGAAGAAUACCCCCCGCGUCUCUCCAGCUCCCAAGCAGGACGGCCGAGACCUACUACGAGCUUGUUGUCACCGUACAACAGGGCCACAGCAAUCAAUACAAAUACAGCUUUCCUGUACCAUUACAACGAUACGACACGCUCUCCACGUUUGGCAUGUACAACAAACCAGAAACAAAGCUCGUCACGUCGGAUAACGUGGUUCACCUGGGCAUUAACCUACCGCGAUGGAGUUACGGCCCCGGAGACCCCAUCACUGUUUACAUCAAGUUGUCACCCAACCCGGACUGGCUGAGCAAAGCAAAAAGGGUCAGCAUAGAAAAAAUCACUCUUGCAAUCGAGGAGGAAGUCACGUAUAAUCACGAAGGAGAUGAGCCGGUGAAAAAGGUCAACAGAGUGUGCAGGCGGCAGCAACCAGUCAAGAUGAAGGUUCCCGAAGCCGGGUACGCUACCAAUAUCGGGCUUGUGCUCCCAUGCAAAGACUUGAGAGAUGCCGAUGGCAUUGUGAGGAGAGGCAAGCCGGCAUUCCCCUUGUACGAGGUUGCGUCAUUUACUACGACGGCGUCACUCUACAAAAUUGAAUUUUACUUGAACAUCAAGGUGCAGUUGAGCGGUGCUCGCGACGUGAACCUGAGACAAGCCAUCGUUGUAUGCCCGCUUGACCAGCAAGCGUGCAGGGAGGAGAUGGACGCAAUAGAACAAGCAGCCAAAGACGCGGCCCAUGUCGAUCCCAACAAUCCGAUGCUACCCGCCCGAACUAUCAUUUUGGCCAAUGACCGGGACUCAUUGCGGGCUCUGGGACUGUGUCUUGUUGGUGGACAGAAGAAGCCGUUUAUUGAUUAG